AUGGUCGCAAUGCAGCAUUUAGAAAUAAAUAAAAAACUACUGCCUUUGAAAGCCCAUUACCUUCUAUGGAAUGCUGGUAUUGGACCUGUCACGCCAUAUUUAACCUCAUACAUCAGGCAACUAGGAUUCUCCAGUAUUAUCGUAGGAGUUAUUUAUACAAUUAUACCGAUAUGUGGAAUGCUAGCGAAACCUGUAUUGGGAUCCAUAGCAGACAGAUUCCAUUGUCAAAAACUGUUGUUCUUGUUCCUGCAACUUUUAACAGCAGCCGCUUUCUUGGGGGUGUUUUUUUCACCCAAAGUAGACGUUUCCAGACAAGCGAAUUUAACAUGCUACGACAACAAUCUCGUUCUUAAAGAGUCAACAACUAUCAAAAAUUGCUCGCUGGACGACAUCCGAAAAGAGAACGGUUUCGGCUCCUGCAAGUUAAAAUGCCGCGUCGACGACGAUCUAGCUGGCAUCUUCUGCAACGAUUUCAAAAUCGACGAGUUUUGCCACAACCAUCCAAUUUCGCUAUCAUUCUCAGCCACGAUUUCCAAAGGAAAAACCACACUCAUCGAUUCCUCCGUAAUUUUAAGCAUCCACAACAUAACCCUAGCGAACGGUACCACUUACGACCCAAUCUGUCCUAAAAACAAUGCACCGUUUUCCUCGAGGUGCGAUAUAGAUUGCGCCGACGAUCAAAUCCAAUCCGCCAUACCGGAGGGCGCCAUCGAAGACGACAAAGUCACCGGGAUGUACCAGUUUUGGAUCCUGUUGAUCUUCAUGAUCUUCGCCUGGGUGGGACAAGCAGCCUGCGUCAGCAUCGGAGACGCCAUUUGCUUCGAAUUGUUGGGUGAUAAACCGGAGAGGUAUGGUUACCAGCGCAUGUGGGGAUCCUUCGGUUGGGGAGUCGUCUCGGCCCUUACCGGUUUUUUAAUCGAUUUCAUCAGCAAAGGUGCAGCAGAUAAGAAUUAUUCUAUAGCGUUUUACACGGCCGCUGCUAUUCUCGCGUUAGAUUUCGCUGUUUCGACGCAAAUUAAGUACGAUCAGAAGAGAAUUACAGCGGAUAUAUUCCGCGACGUCGGGCGUCUGUUGUUGAACAUCCGAGUGUUGAUAUUCCUGGUGUGGUGUUUGGCGGUCGGGAUGUGCACGGGGCUGGUGUGGCAGUUCCUGUUUUGGCUGGUGGAGGAUUUGGCGGGCCAAAGGGGGUGCUCCGGCAUGGAAAACGUGAAGACGUUGGAGGGUUUGAUCCAGGGCGUGCACACUGUAUUCGGCGAGGCGCCGUUUUUCUUCAUAUCGGGGAGGAUCAUCAAGAGAAUGGGGCACGUGAAUACGAUGUCGCUGGUGCUGUUCGGCAUCGGCGUGAGGUUUUGUCUGUUGUCUGUGAUAAAGGAUCCUUGGUAUUUCUUGCCGGUGGAGUUGUUGAAUGGUAUUUCGUUUGGAUUGUUCUUCGCCUGUAUGGCUUCCUAUGCUAGCAUUAUCGCUCCCGUUGGAACCGAGGCUACUAUGCAGGGAUUAAUCGGGGCCGUUUUCGAAGGGGUUGGUGUUUCAGUGGGUAGUUCCAUAGCUGGUUCAUUGUACUCCAAGCAUGGCGGAGCAAUAACAUUCCGAAUCUACGGCAUUGGUUGUUUCGUUCUGUGCUUUGUCCACGUGAUCGUUCAAUAUUUACUAAGAGUUUCAGGAUCUCAAGAUAUCAAGUACAAGGUUCCAAAAGAUGCGCUGAGGAAGAUCAGUCUAGUCGAUGAGAAAGAGCUAACGCUUUUGUGUAAACAAUAA